CUAUUGCUGGUCAAGGAAAAGGAUGGAGGAGUUCUUGGUGCCUACUUGGAUGCAGACCUGGAGCGGCGGCCGUCGUGGUACGGUUCAUCGCUCAAUUUCGUGUUUUCCGCAGGUCCCGCAGGACUAGGGGUUUUCCGCGCGACAGGCUUCAACGACCACUACCAGUACUUCAACUACGGCACAAAGACGCUGCCGAAUGGGCUGGGUGUGGGCGGCCAGAUGGGGAACUUUGGCCUGUGGGUUGACGUGGACUUCAUGUCCGGCCAGUCUUGCACAUCAGCGACGUAUGCGGCACCGCAGCUAGCGGAAAGGAGCGAGUUUGAGAUCGAGCAUGUUGAGGCGUGGGUGGUUAGAAGGAGCAAGCGCGAGGAUAAAGGUCGGCAGCGCUCGGCGAUGGAUGCGAAUCCAGAUGCUGUGGCGAUUCUCGAAAUGGCUAACCGGACAAUGUACUCCAAGAUGGUGCGCGAGCCU